AGCGAGUACGCGCGUCUGAACGCUGAUGAGAAGAAGCAGCACUGAUUAAGCAGAAAAAAACCAGAACGGAGUUUCAGCGAGCGACUCCCAAGAGAAAAGAAACGCAGCGCUGUUGGGAAAUUUCAAUGGGAAAAAAGACUACAGUCAUCUAUUAAAUUAAAAUGACACAGAAUCAAGUAUUUUUGGACACGGGAAAGUUGCAAAGGAAAAUUUGAGCGAGACCGUUCUGGGAUAUCAGUGGACUCGAGCUGCGCUGGAUUGUCUUUAAAGGAGAAGCGCGGCACACUGGAUUUUUACACUGAACUCAGAGAGUUGUAAUGUCUUGAAGUACCCGGCCCAUUUGAAGGAAGUACAGUGAGUGCUAAUGGAAACUUCUGCUCCAAUAUGAGUGUUCAUGAUGUUGGCGGGAGAAGACGCUUUGAGGACUCUGAGUUCACCCUGCGCAUCUACCCAGGGGUCAUCGCUGAGGGCACCAUCUACUGCCCCAUCACCGCCCGUAAGAUCACUUCGGCUGCGGAGGUCAUCGAGCAAGUCAUUGAUCGGCUCAAGCUAGAUCGGACGAAAUGUUACGUCCUGGCAGAAGUGAAGGAGUUCGGCGGGGAAGAAUGGAUCCUCAACCCCACCGACUGUCCCGUCCAGCGCAUGAUGCUGUGGCCUCGCAUGGCCUUGGAGAACCGCUUCAGCAGCGAGGACUACCGAUUCCUGCUGCGAGAGAAAAACCUUGAUGGCUCCAUCCACUAUGGCAACUUGCAGAUGUGGCUGCAGGUCACGGAAGAGCGGCGGCGCAUGGUGGAGCGGGGCUUCCUGCCGCAGCCCUUACCGAAAGACUUUGAUGACCUUUGUAACCUGCCGGAUCUCAACGAAAAGACUCUGCUGGACAACCUGCGCAAUCGCUUCAAGCAGGAGAAGAUCUACACCUAUGUGGGCAGUAUCCUAAUAGUCAUCAACCCCUUCAAGUUCCUCCCUAUCUAUAACCCCAAGUUUGUCAAGAUGUACGAUAAUCACCAGCUGGGCAAGCUGGAGCCGCACAUCUAUGCGGUGGCGGAUGUGGCCUACCAUGCCAUGCUGCAGAGUAAGCAGAAUCAAUGCAUUGUUAUUUCUGGAGAGAGUGGAUCUGGCAAGACCCAAAGCACCAACUUCCUGAUCCACCAUCUAACGGCUCUAAGUCAGAAAGGCUUUGCUAGCGGAGUAGAGCAGAUCAUUCUGGGUGCUGGACCAGUGCUGGAGGCUUUUGGCAACGCUAAAACGGCCCAUAAUAACAACUCCAGCCGUUUUGGGAAGUUCAUCCAGGUGAACUAUCAGGAAAGUGGCACUGUUAGAGGGGCAUAUGUGGAGAAAUACCUGCUGGAGAAAUCCAGACUCGUCUAUCAGGAACACAAUGAAAGGAAUUACCAUGUGUUUUACUACCUGCUGGCAGGAUCGAGUGAAAAUGAGAGGACAGCGUUCCACCUCAAAGAGCCUGAAGAAUACCAUUACCUCAAUCAGAUGACAGAGAAACCUCACAGGCUGCACUGGGAAAAUUACUAUGAGAACGAACCGCAGGAUUGCUUCACAGUUGAAGGGGAGGAUCUUAAACAUGACUUUGAGCGCUUGCAGCUGGCUAUGGAGAUGGUGGGCUUCCUUCCCGCCACACGUAAACAGAUUUUCUCUCUGCUGUCAGCUAUUCUUCAUUUAGGCAAUAUCCGAUACAAGAAGAAGAUAUACCGGGAUGACUCCAUUGACAUCUGCAAUCCUGAAGUUCUUCCUGUAGUGUCAGAGCUGCUUGAGGUCAAGGAGGAAAUGCUCUCUGAGGCCCUGACAACACGGAAAACAGUGACAGUGGGCGAGAAGCUGAUAGUCCCAUACAAACUUGCAGAGGCUGGGACGGUACGGGACUCCAUGGCUAAGUCCCUCUACAGUGCGCUUUUUGACUGGAUUGUGUUCAGGAUCAAUCACGCGCUGCUCAACCAAAGAGACUUAGAAGAGUCAGCCAAGAUCCUGUCCAUCGGGGUUCUGGAUAUUUUUGGCUUUGAAGACUACGAGAACAACAGCUUUGAACAAUUCUGCAUCAACUUCGCCAACGAGAGACUUCAGCACUAUUUCAACCAGCACAUUUUUAAGCUGGAACAGGAAGAGUAUAGAUCAGAAGGCAUUGCUUGGCAUAAUAUUAAUUACAUCGAUAACACUGGCUGCAUUAGCCUCAUCAGCAAGAAGCCCACAGCACUGCUCCACCUACUGGAUGAGGAAUGCAACUUUCCACAGGCCACCAAUCAGACCCUCCUGGACAAGUUCAAGCGGCAGCACGAGGGAAACAGCUAUAUUGAGUUUCCUGCAGUCAUGGAGCCAGCCUUCAUCAUUAAACACUACGCAGGGAAAGUCAAAUAUGGAGUGAAGGACUUCAGAGAGAAGAAUACAGACCACAUGCGUCCAGACAUCGUCGCGCUUCUCAAGAGCAGUAAAAACGCCUUCAUCUGUGGUCUGAUUGGUAUUGACCCAGUGGCCACCUUCCGCUGGGCUGUACUCAGGGCUUAUUUCAGAGCCAUGGUAGCCUUCAGGGAUGCUGGGAAGAGACAUGUGGAGAAACGUAGCGGGCAUGACGCUGCUGCUCCAGUUGUGAAAAGUGUGGAUAGCUUUAGUUUUCUGCAUCACCCUGUGCAUCAGAGAAGCUUAGAGAUCCUGCAGAGGUGCAAAGAGGAGAAAUACAGUGUGAACAAGAGGAAUCCCCGCACUCCACUGUCUGAUCUGCAGGGAAGCAAUGCACUUAAUCAACGAGAGGGAUGGAAUGGGCGUACUGGGAGACAAAACCGGCUGUCCUCCGCUGGAUCCUUCAGUGAAGAGGAGGGCAUCUUCAUCAACUCCACAAGCAGUAAACUCCUGGAGCGAGCCCAUGGCAUCCUUAUGAGAAAUAAAAACUAUAAAAUGAAGCCCAGUCUUCCUAAGCACUUGCUGGAUGUAAAGUCUCUGAAGUACCUGAGUAACCUGACGUUACAAGACCGCAUCACAAAGUCCUUGCUGCACCUGCACAAGAAAAAGAAACCCCCAAGCAUCAGUGCCCAGUUUCAGGCCUCUCUCAACAAACUGAUGGAAACGCUUGGUCAGUCAGAGCCAUACUUUGUGAAGUGCAUACGAUCAAAUGCGGAGAAGCUUCCUCUGCGUUUUAAUGAUGGCCUGGUGCUGAGACAGCUUCGCUACACAGGCAUGCUGGAAACUGUGCGGAUCCGACGAUCAGGCUACAGUAUCAAGUACACUUUUAAGGAUUUUGUUCGACACUUCCAUGUGCUGUUACCAGAGGGUACCAACCAGGCCAGCCAGGAGGCUAUCAGACGGUACCUGCACCAGGUGGAUCUCACUCCUGAAAGGUUCCAAGUGGGCCAUACAAUGGUGUUCCUCCGUGAAGCAGAGCGUCUGCGGCUGCAAGACCUGCUCCAUCAGGAGGUGCUGCGUAGAAUCAUUCAUCUUCAGCGACGUUUCAGAGCUCUUCUGGAGAGAAGGAACUUCCUCAGAAUGAGACAGGCUGCUUGCCAAAUACAGAGCUGGUGGAGGAGCUGUCAGUCUUCACAGAGGGACAGCAGGCUUGAGGAUGUCCAUCAGGAGGCAGCAGUUUGUAUCCAGUCGGCCUGGAGAGGCUUUAAAGAUAGGCGUAGACUCUUGCUGUGGAGGGAGGCAGCCGUGGUGAUCCAGAGAAAUUGGAGGCUGUAUUGGCGGAGCCGGGCGGCCUGCCGGAUCCAGACUGCAUGGAGAGGACACAGGGCCAGAAAGCUGUACCUCCAGCAGCGAGAUUCUGCCAUCUGCCUGCAAGCAGCGGGGAGAGGCUAUCUGGCGAGGCAGAGAUUUAGAGAACUUGAAGAGCAGAGAUUAAAAUCCACUCAGCUGCUGAAUGGAAAGACCUGUCUGUUACCAGAAGAGGACAAGCUGAGAGACAUGGGUUUGGAUCACAGCAUAUGGGAAGACUCAUGUGAGGUGCAGGACAGGAGCAGACAGACCCUCAUCGGUGUAGUAGAGGCACCUGGAGGAGAUGUUUCGGAAGAGAUGGAGCCAGAGAUGACAGAGGGUACGGCAACAGUGCAACCGACACCUGAAGUGUCUAUCCGAGAAAGACCGCAGACUCUAGAGGAUCCCAACCAGAGGACCCGGGCCAAACGGGAGAGCCGGCGGAUUCGGGAGUUGGAGCAGGCUAAAUUCAGCUUGGAGCUUCUUAAGGUGCGCUCCACUGGAGGAGUGUCUCCUUCAGAAGAAAGGCGCUGGUCAGUGGAACUGGUCAGCGAGAUCCCUCACACUCCUCAGGGUUCACCAGACAGCCAGAGCUCCAAAGGCAGCUUUGAGCUACUCAAUAUAGAUGACUAUUUCAAAGACAAGGCACCCUGUGCCGAAACAGAGGACCUUGGUUCUCCUUCUGUACCUGACAAGCUUGAUGUGCUCGCCAACAUUCCCGAGUCCACUUUUCCCUCUGACACUCCAGCACCCGAUAUAUUGUCAAAACAAGCUGGCCAACCUGAAUCUCCCAAAAUGCAGAACUCGUUCCCAACUUUCUACUCCCCUCCAUCAGAAAGCAGCUCUCUAAUUUUGAAGUCUACCAUGAAUUCUGCCACCCUGUGCUCUGAUGACCCCAGCAAACUUAUGAAAAACAGGAAGGAGCCCACUCGGAGACCUAUGGUUGUGGUUAUUAGUAUGCAGAAGGAAAGUCUUUUAAAUCAAGCAGAUGUGAAGCCUCCCGAGGUCAGAGACAGUGCCGCCCAGACCAGCCCAGCACAGCCUAGCAGUGAAAGCCUUCAUGUUCUGGAAAGGCUAGAGAAGCUUAAUGAGGAAAAGGAAGAGCGUCAGAAGCAUCAGCAGCAGCAAAAUGAAAAAGAGAUGAUGGAGCAGAUCCGUCAGCAGAAGCACAUCCUGAAAGAACAACGUGAGAUUUUCUCCCAACAUGAGAGGGAGGUGUUUGAAAAGCAGAGAGUUGAAGCUCUGCAAAAGAUCGAGAAGAAUAGAGAAGAAGGUUCAGGAGGAAAGCCAGACACAGACACUGCUCCCAUAGCUCAGCCAGAGCCUGACCUCAGCUCCCAGCCACUGGUUCCGGAAAAGGAGCCUGCUCCUUUAGUUUUCAGAGACAAACCAAAAGAUAGUUGCAAUGUAGCGGAAGGGUGGGCUCCAAAGUUGACCCUGGAAUCCAGAGGGGAUAAACCAAGAAGGAAAAUAAAUAAUAAACCGUCCACUCAGAAUGUCAACACGAGUCUGUCCGAGAGGUCAGGAAACAUCUUCUAUUCUCCGAAAGCCAAAGUUUCAAAGCUGGAGAAGGACUUAGCUAAUCAAAGGAAGACCCCGGGAGGACAGAAUGAAGUGAGCCUCUUGGGUUACAAACCCGCUAAGAGUGAGGUUGGCCGACCGGGUCAUAAAAAAGCUCGAAUGGCACGGACACGUUCAGACUUCAUGACCCGUGGUUCAAACGCCAUGGGAGAGGGGGAGUCAGAGGAGGAGGAGUAUGAUGAGACCCCUCUGUUUCCUGGCACACCCCUCCCCAAGCAGGACUCAGAGGAGAGUGCACUAGAGGCUUGUCACAGUGACUCCGAAAUGCCGACCACAGCCAAUGAAGAGCAGAAGAACAUGUAUAAAGACAUGUCAUCUGGAGAGCUGGGCAAAAGUGAUGCGAGGAAGAACUCUCAUGGAGAUGGAAGAGUUCGGGGUAAAAUGCGGUUUUGGGGAAAGGCAAGGCAUGCAGAGAAGAAAACCUCACGAGAGAGGCUGCUGUGUAGCGGUGAUACUUUGGAGGGAGAAUAUGCUGACACAGCACUUCUAAUGGAAGACGGGGUAGAGUGCAUGUCCCCUCCUCGAAGCCCAGAUCUAACAUUACAGAGGGAGUUUAAAGAGAAUAAAGAUCCGUCCCCUAAAGUGAAGCGCAGACGGAGUGUGAAGAUCAGCAGUGUGGCUCUGGAGCCCGUCCAGUGGCAGAACGAUGCCCUGCAGAUACUCACAUGUGCCAGUGACUACAGGAGCAUGAAUGACUUCCUCAUGAAGAAGAUUACUGAUUUAGACACAGAAGAUGGGAAGAAUGACACAAUGGUGGAUGUUGUCUUCAAAAAGGCACUAAAGGAGUUCCGCUUAAAUAUCUUCAACUCCUACUCAACAGCUCUAGCUAUGGACGAUGGGAAAAGCAUUCGUUACAAGGAUCUCCAUGCCCUCUUUGAACAAAUCCUGGAGAAAAACAUGCGUCAGGAGCAGAGGGACUGGAGCGAGUCUCCGGUGAAAGUUUGGGUCAACACCUUCAAAGUCUUCCUGGAUGAGUUCAUGACAGAGCACAAACCUCUGGACGGCAGUGUGAGCAAGGCACCCAAACCAGACCGCAAGAAAAGAAGGAAAAAGGAUACUGAUAUAGUUGAGGAGCACAACGGCCACAUAUUCAAGUCAACUCAAUACAGUAUUCCCACCUACUGCGAGUACUGCUCCUCCCUCAUCUGGAUGAUGGACAAGGCGUGCGUCUGCAAACUGUGCCGCUAUGCUUGUCACAGAAAGUGCUGUCAGAAGAUGACCACCAAAUGUAGCAAGAAGUAUGACCCUGAACUCUCAUCAAGACAGUUUGGUGUGGAAUUGUCCCGUCUGACCAACGAUGAGCGAGCGGUGCCUUUUGUCUUUGAGAAACUUAUCAAUUAUAUUGAGAUGCAUGGUCUGUACACAGAAGGGAUCUACAGGAAAUCGGGAUCCACCAAUAAAAUUAAGGAGCUGAAGCAGGGUCUGGACACAGAUGUAAAUGGCAUGAUUCUGGACGACUAUAAUAUUAAUGUCAUUGCCAGUGUGUUCAAGCAGUGGUUACGUGACUUGCCAAAUCCUCUGAUGACUUUUGAACUGUAUGAGGAAUUCCUGCGGGCCAUGGGUCUCCAGGACAAAAAAGAAAUGACUAGAGGGGUUUACUCUAUAAUCGACCAGCUCAGCAGAACUCAUCUGAACACGCUGGAGCGCCUUAUUUUCCAUUUGGUCAGGAUUGCCCUGCAGGAGGAGACAAACCGUAUGUCUGCUAAUGCGCUGGCUAUCGUGUUUGCCCCCUGUAUCUUGCGCUGUCCUGACACUACCGACCCUCUGCGGAGCGUUCAGGACAUUGGGAAAACCACAGCAUGUAUCGAGCUGAUCAUUUGUGAGCAGAUGAAUAAGUAUAAGGCCAGACUGAAGGACAUCAGCACUCUGGAAUUUGCGGAGAACAAAGCCAAGAUCCGACUAACAUUCAUCCGCAGGUCCAUGAAACCUGUAAUAAUUGCUGUUAGAUUUAUGAGCAUAACCCGCAGUGCUGCGGCGAGUAAGGGCCAGGUGCACAGGUUGAGGUAUCACUCACCAUCUCCUCCAGUCAGUCCUCGGUCUCCAACCGCCCCGGAGGUGAUGCAGGAGAGCGGAGAUGAGGAAGUCAGCGGAGAUCCAGAAGUCUCUGAGCAACAACAAGUGGCCAUGCAGCAGGAAGAGAAAGUCCUGACCGAACAAAUUGAAAGUUUGCAGAAAGAAAAGGAGGAGCUGACGUUUGAGAUGCUUUCUCUGGAGCCGCGGGCGUCCGAUGAUGAGACUCUGGAGUCAGAGGCCUCUAUAGGCACCGCAGACAGCUCUGAAAACCUGAAUGUGGACUCUGAGGGAGCCAUUUCAGACUUCUCUGAGCGAGGCCCAGCGCUGGCCGCCGUGAGGCCCAAGAAGUCUGAAGGGAAGAACAGGAGAGUUCUGCGAAAGCAGCCCGAAUCCCUGGACUCCAUGGAUUCCAGUUCUGCUGUGUCCUCUGUGUCAUCUUCCUAUAUGCAGCCACCUGUGCGAACCCAUAAAUCACGAACCCAAAAACCUCCUGAGAGCCUGGAGAAGGACGAGCAUGAUGGAGAGGAGAGACCGCAGUUCAGUAGCCGCGGCACCUUCAACCCAGAAAAAGGCAAACAGCGGCUGCAAGGUGCCAAGGGCUCACCUCAGAAGCAUCGUGAUCCUCCGAUGGACGGAGGGCCGAAAAGAGAUCCAGACUUGCCACCCCAGCAGGUGGUGGUGUAUGGCAGCAACGAGUUCAUGGUAUGAAGGCCACAAGGUUACACAUCCAUCCACAAAGAAGAGCUCAUCCCUCCCUGCUAGCUCACUUGAGUUCACAUUUGCUGCAUUAUAGUCCUUAAGUGCCAUGUUGACAGAAAAAGCAGAAAGAGAGAGCUGGGCAUGUGAGAAAACAGCUCUGUUGGGAAUGUGUGGUGAAGGAAAGCAGGGCAAAGGGAAUGCUGAACCAUUCCGACGUGGAAUGAUCUCCUUUGGGCUUUGAUUGGCAACUCCUUGACGGUGAUCGGGGUCCAAACGCGGGAGAAGAAGCCAUUGAUGAACUCCACAAAUUCAAGCUAAACCAUGGGCUGCUUUAACGUUUACAGCAUUCACAACAACUGAUUUGCCCCCAAGCCUAUUUAAUAAAUUUUAUGUACAUGGAAUAUAUAAAUCAAUAUAAAUAUAUUGUGAUAUAAAGUGUACAAAGCCAGAGCACCAGUGACUGCUGGGUUGUUGAAUUCAUAUAUCGUGCAUCGGUCAUGAAUGAGUUGGAGAGAGAAGUGAGGACACUGGGUUUGUGUGGCUCCUCUGUAUGUGUGUGAGUGUGUGUGUCUUAUGAGAAAACCUCUGGAUAUGUCUGUGCUGCUUUUUGUGUUGUGCUUGGAGGGAAAUGAUGCCAUCAAGGGACCACGCAAACUGGUGUUAUAUAAUACCAGAGGAUCCCACACUAAAGGAAGACUCCAAAGUCUUCCAAAUCACCACAUAGUGUAUUACUGUAUGUCAAAAGCCAUCCAUCCAGAUUUUCAUUCCUAUUUUUUGUGCUUUUCUGCCUCAGUCUUGUUCUAAGAAACCAGUGUUAAAACGUAGAAGUUACUGGAUUACUAUUACUUAAGGUAUUCUAAAUGUAAUCAUUUUUCUGAAUCUUACCAUCAUUCAUGCCCUGCAAACAUGAGAUUCCUCUUGACUUAAAUAUGAUUUAAUAUAUUACCAAAUGGUCUCUUCUGCCUGUGUAUAUGUAUAUAUAUACUGUAAUGUGAUAUUUCCCUUUUUUUCUAAAUAUUUAAUUAUUAAAUAAAACCUGGUUAUAAUCCACACAAGUGCAUUUUGGAGGGCUAUGCUCAGAUUUGACUAACUGCUCUUAUUCAACUGCUGUAUUAGCAGUGUUGCCCUUAGAGGGAUUCUGAUAUCUCUCAGUUAUUGAUACCAAGAAGCUGAUUGUGAAAUGAACAAAACUUGUGCCACCAGCAAAAUAUUUCUCUGUCUAGACCAUUUGUCAAUCCUUUGUCACUGUGGUUUGUGCUAAGAUCAUGAACAUCAAGAUUAAUCUGUCACCCUCGUGAUAAACUGUGAUUAUACCCCAGCAACAUGGCUUGUUAAGGGUUUCUGCAUGUGAUGAUGUUUAGCAAAGGCCAUGUUUUUCACAGGAACGACUUUAUGGACAUAAACACAUGGCAUCGAUCUCCGAAUGAAGACUGUUAAUUUAUGAUGUGUUAUUUAGAUCUCAUGCAUUGCUGACAUUGGUCACACCGCCUGCAGGAUUGAGCAAACAGCUGUCUGGCCUCAGAUUUGUCUUAUGGAGUCAUAUGUUGAACAAAUAUUUUGUAUGAAAGAAAUGAAAAAAAAAAACUCAAUGGUUGUAUAAUAAAUUACACAUUUUGAACAAAUAAGAACAGUCUGUUAAAAGAAAGAUCUGAGUUAUUGUGCAACUAUUACUGCUAACCUGUUUCAGCCACGUUCAGUUUUGUAUUGAUUUGAGCACUUGGAGGAGAUCUUGAAUUACUGGUUUGUCCUGCAAACCUGAAAGAGUAUCUUCUUCCUUCACCAAAUGGGUGCAUCUGGCCUAAGGGAGAGCGGUUUAACUGGUCUUACUGGUGGCAAAGGUGCGGAAUUAUUCAUUUAUUUGUAUAUUUGAAUAAAUAGUCAUCAGUUGAUAAGAAUACAACAG